GUUCUAAUCCCUGUUGGAAUGGGGAAGUUUUCAAGCCUCAGUGUACCAAAAAUUUGCAUCCAGUUAGCAUCUAUGUAAAUUCACAAAAUCUAUAAAAUAGGGACCACCUGCCUCCGCCAUCCUCUGUCCGCCUCGACUUUGGUUCCUCGUGAAGGAGCUGCAACAUGCCUUGCAUAUUUAAUCCCGGCUACAUUGGGCCCGAUCCGCCUUGCUGUGACCCGGAUUGCCUGGUGGAGGGGCACUGCACGGUUCCGGAGUGUGGGCUUUGUCCGGAGUACCAGCUACCCCGCUGCAUUCCGGCUCCGGCGCCGAAAAAGAAGAAGCCAGAACAGACGCCACCGGAACAGAAGUCCUGCAAGGAGCAGAAAGCCCAGAAGGAGCUGCAGAAGGAGUGAAGAAAGGAGGCGGAGCAGCAAAGAGCUUGGAACAAUGGUCCUUCAGUUCUUUGGAGAUGUGUCGAAAGACCUCCCAAACAAACUUGCAUCUAUAUGUUGCUGAAACACUAUAAAUUCCUUGUUUAUGGACUUAAUUAAAA